GUGCUAAGGCGGAAGCUUACAAGUUGGCUGACUUCAGGUGAUUGAAAAAAAAGGAAAACAUGUCUUUCAUGGAAAUCCCAUCCUCCAAAGAGAACAUUACUGUGCCCUGGGUACAGGAGGUUCUAAGCAGGUAUUUUUCCAACCAAGGAAUCACUGAAGAUGCACAAGUUGUUGUCACGAGCAUGGACAGUCAAGGUACUGUGGGCCCAGGGCAAGGGUUCCUUAGCAACCGGAUCGCAUUGGUUGCCACGGGAACAGUCGGCGACACACCCUUGACAACCAACCUGAUGGUUAAGAUGUCCACGGAUGAUCCAGCUGUACGCGAACUUGUUCACGACCUGCGAUUUGACAGUAUAGAGGUCAACUACUAUAACCUGAUAGUGCCAGCUCUCAGGUCAGAAGUUGAAAGGUCAGAGGGUGUAGGGUCAAAGGUUAUGAGGUUAGGUGAAGAGGAAGAUGCUGCAGUACCACUACCAGUCCCCAGGUGCUACCAUGCUGCAUAUGACAAGAGUACAGGAAAGUCUGUGCUUGUGUUGGAGAAUCUACAGUCUAAGGGGUUCUUCACCAAGAAGUUCUCUGAUGGACUAGGACUUGAAGACAUAAAGCUGACUGUAUCUGCUUUGGCAAACCUUCACGCCAUCUCCUAUUCGGCCAUGCAACGGGGCCAGCUGCCUUCCGCUGGUUUUGAUUGGCUCUUUGAUGCAUCGGAAGAGGCUGCAAAAUCUGCUAUCACGCAGGCGUUUCAUGAUGGCGUGGGCCAGUUCGAAACGGCCUUUCCUGACCAAUCAGAACUGGUGUCUCUCCUGAGGAGGCUGGGUGAGCGUGUGCCAGGCAUUCUGGGAAGCGAGGAAGAGGGACCAUUUAUGGUGUUGUGCCAUGGAGACUGCUGGGCUAACAACAUCAUGUUUAAGGUAAAUGAUGCUGGUGUACCAAUAGAUGCGAUGCUGGUGGAUUGGCAAUGCGUACGCCGUGCAUCUCCGACCUCUGACCUGGCGUUCCUUCUCCUCUCGAGCACAGACCGUACUCUACGACACCAACACAUCGACAACAUCCUCGCUCACUACUACAGCGUCCUGACCGAGACGGUCAAGAAGUGCGGACUGGAACUUUCACCCUACAGUUUGGACAUGCUUCGGGCAGAGUACCACUCAGAACGUGUUUCAGGACUUAUUCAGUGCAUGGCCUCCUACGAUUGCUUCGUAGCUGACCAGGCUUGUAUGGAAAGGCUACGAGACUCAGUUGAAGAACUCAGGGAGUCAAAUCUGGUCUAAGUCUCAUUUCAGUUAUUCUUAC